AUGGGGUAUCAGAAGCUGACCGAACCCGAUAUCGAAAACGGCGCCUCUUUGGGACCGGCCGCGAAAGGUGGGUCUAUUUCGAUCACGAAAGGCUUCCUCGCAACUUUGCUCACGGCAAACACCUGCUGCUCCGCCUUUGCUGGUAUGCUCCUCGUCAUCAUGCUGCAAGUGAACGGUUUCGCACCUCGCACAUCUGAGUUUCAGCCGCGGCUCGACCCCCCUUCUCCCCCGCCACCCCUACCAAGAAUCAGCAGCUCAUGCCAGAUCUACCACGCCAGUGCGGCCGUCCUAGAGGGGGUCAUGCACACGAUGACGGCCGAUGGGCUCAAGGAGGUUGAAGCCGAAGAGGAGGAAAUCGCAACGGAGGGAGACGGCGCGUCUCUCGGUUUCAGCAACGCCUUCGCUCCCACCUUCUUCGACUUCGAGUGCCUGCUUGCCAACGGUACGGGCGAUCCCUGCGACGCGUACGUGGCCGAGGCUUUCGCAGACCAGAUGUUCGCACCACUGCGCGUCGACUCGCUUGUGAGGCUCUGGCUCUCCACGAUCUUCCUCUACUCGCUGGCUCAGAUCGGCGGCAUCCCGCGGCCACGAUUCAUUGACCGCAGGAUCGACUGGACUGGGACCGUCUUCUGGCUCUCUUGGAUUGUGACACAGCUGUGCCAAUUCUUUGUGGUCGGCAUUUCCCUGGGUAUGCAGAUUGUCGCCUUCUUCGGCGUGUACGAGCGCACCGCGCCUUGCAUGGUCAGGGUCGACAACUCCACGCUGCUGGACGAGUUCGCGAUGGUCACGUUUGCGGCGCAGCCAGCGCUCCUCAGCAAGCUGAUCCUUCUCGUCAUCUACGGUUACCUGUUGUCGCUCGGCGGGCUCGUCUUCAUUGGGCGCAACAUGAACGAGGUUGACUUCAAGGAGGAGGCGAGUAAGACCAAGACGAGCCUCGUGCAGCCGAUCCCGAUUGCGAGCGUGCUCUACUUCAUCUCACGGUGGGCGCUGUAUGGUAUCUGCCUGGGGACAGUCGGCGGGUGGCUUGGUGGUCCGGUCGCCGCGUGGGCGGCCGCGCUGGUUGCGGCAGCUGUGGGCUCGUUCACGGGAGGAUUCAGGCGAGGGAAUGCCUCGCUGUCUCGCGCAACAAUCGCCAAGAUCACCCUUGGCGGUCUCCUCGCCCUGCCGAUCCUGCCAAAUCUUGUUUACCUGCCUCUUGGCGUCCUCUUCUUUGCGUUUGCCAAGCUAAGCUUUGCCGCCGGGAGGCGGUCGCUCGAUCUGAUUGCUUCGACAGAUGAAAUGAACUGGACUCGCUGCAAGCGGGUCGAGGCCCUGACCAAGACCGCGGCGGCUGCUACCAAGCCGGCCAUCAGCUGGCUCGCCCCACUCGGAAGCCUCAAGCUGUCCAGCAGCAUGUCAAUGGUGGUGCAGGGGCUGGCGUACACUGAGACGAGCCUCUCAACGCUGGCAGGCGGAAUGGCUUGCGUGCUUGGCUGCCUCGCGCUCUCCCCACUGGUUGCAUACGGCACGUGGGCCGCGGACCAAGGACGGCUCGAACCCGAUUACGAUGUCGAGGACAGCGUGGUGGAGGCGGUGCAGGCACGGCUAUGGAUGCUGUGGCUCCUGGUUGCCAUGCCCGUGGUGCUGUUUGCUGUGGACCGUUUGCGGGGCAAGCUCCUCGUCGAAAGGUGCGAUGAAGGCGGGAUCUAUCUCCCACUCACAAGUGAUGCACGCCGCAACGUGCUCCUCACCAUCUACGUCAUCCCCUUCCUCCUCGCGCUCGGCAUUGCCAUCCUCUUCACCUCGCAGAACGACUCGUACAUCGAGGGCAUCAUCUGGCACGCACAGAUUUGCUACGCCGACUCCUUUGCGUUCCUCGCCAAGUUGCAGCUCGACGUGUCUGGCCUGCAGCCCUUUCUCGACAGUGUGAUGGCGGACAUGGUCGCCUUCACGGGCGACCCGUUGGGGGCAACGCAAGAGGUUGUCGCGCGCCUGGCCGAAAUCGCAGCGGACCCGCUAGCGCCUGUGAGGGAGGUGGUUGAGGCGGUUGCCAACAUGUCGCGCUAUCUGGAAAUCGACGCGUCCUACUUUGUGGAACACUCGGCGGCGCUCGACAUUCUGAACAUAGCCCUGGGGCUGCUCAAGUUGCUCGCCACCUACGGACGCAAGGCGUUUGCGCUCUACGAUGUGGUACUCGGGCUUUUCAGUGGAGAGAAGGAGGAGGGCGACGAGGAGGACGACGGGGUGGUGCAAGUGCACGAGUGUGUGGCGGAUCCAAAGAUGGCGCAGGUAGAAGCCGACGUGGAGCUGCUUCUCCAGCAACGAGGCGAUUACUCUGACGAUAAGUCCUCGUUGAAGUUGACGAAGGCGACUAUUGCUGAUAGAGUCGGUCCUGGAGAUGCGGCGACUAUUGCUCUCUGGCUGAAAGCCAACAAGGUGCUGACCAAGCUCGUGCUCCAGAGCAACUACAUCGGCGACGAGGGCGCCGCUGCGCUGGCCUCCGCUCUUCGCGUCAACGGGGUGUUGACCAACUUGAAUCUCUGCGACAACAACAUCCGCGACGAGGGCGCGGCCGCAAUCGCCGAGGCGCUGCGCGGCAACGCGGUGCUGAAAAGCCUCGACCUCUACGGCAACAACAUCCGCGCCGAGGGCGCCGCCGCGAUCGCCGAGGCACUGCGCGGCAACGGGGUGCUGAAAAAUCUCGACCUCGGCGUAAACGAGAUCGGCGACGAGGGCGCGAAGGCGAUCGGCGGCGCUCUCGCAGUCAACGGGGUGCUGACCAACCUGAACCUCUCCGACAACAUCAUCGGCGACGAGGGCGCCAAGGCGCUGGCAUCCGCUCUUCGCGUCAACGCGGUGCUGACCAACCUCGUGCUCACGAGCAACCACAUCGGCGAGGAGGGUGCCAAGGCGCUAGCAUCCGCCCUUCGCGUCAACGGGGUGUUGAAAGUCCUCUACAUCGGCGACAACGAGUUGGGCGACGAGGGCGCGGAAGCGAUUCGAGAUGCGGUUAGCGGGCGGGAAGGGGUGCUGACCAACCUCGACCUCUUUCGCAACAACAUCGGCGACGAGGGCGCCAAGGCGAUCGGCGGCGCUCUCGCGGUCAACGGGGUGCUGACCUCCUUGAACGUGGGCGAGAACAAGAUCGGCCCCACCGGCGCGACCGCGAUCGGUCUACUAGGAAAGAAUUUUGCAAAACUCCCAGGCACAACACUGGGCGACUUUUGA